AUGCAGGUCGCUGCGCCAUGCUCGAUGCAUCACACCCGCCCAUUCGAGUCAUCCCCGCUCUGCAAGCCCAGUCCCAAUGGACGUCUUGUGGCGGUCCUGAGCUCAUCCACCGUUAUUCUUCGGUCAACCGAGACCUUGCAGACCAUUCAUGCCGUGAAACUCGCCCCAGAGCUCACCGGUUCGAUCAGUAACCUCGUCUGGGCCCCGUCGUCAUCCAAAGUGCUCGUCUCCGUAGGUGACUACAUCCAAGUAUUUGCGGCAUGCGACUCGUCCUUCCAGGCCAUCAUUCGAAGCCCUGCGGCUCCGGCUGGCGGCAAGCUGUCAAUGAUUCAAUUUGGAAGCCGUGAUACCGAAGUGUUGGCGUGUGCCCCUUUCGGCAUCAAGUUUUCUAUUUUUGACAUAAUCACGUCCAAAGUUGUUGAGAUUAGCAACCCAAAGUUUCAUCAUCCAGCGUCAGCCUCGCGAGGUUUCUCUCUUCGCCCCGACACCGGACAUCUCCUCAUGCUGACGAGGAUUACGAGAUCAUGGUAUCCGGAUACUCUCGAUGCUCAAGGCGUUGCGUGGACCCCCGAUGGACAAUGGAUCGUCUUGUGGGAGUCGCCAGCGCAAGGCAGCCGGCUCCUGGUUUACACCGGAGAUGGGCAGCCUUUCCGAAUCCUUGAUGCAACCGCCCUAAGACCGGACCCUACUACCGAUCCCGAGUCGGACAUGCAACCAGGGAUCAAAAGCUGUCAGCUCAGCUCCAACGCAGAGUUGUGUGCGGCGGGGGACCAUGGCAGGGGAAUCACCCUCCUACAGGUUGGCAAGUGGCGAUCAGUGAUGAGAUUGACGCAUCCCACCGUUAUAGCACCGCGAGAGACGCUCCAGGUAUGGCAGGAGCAGGUCAGUGUUGGAGCUGAGGGACGGAAUAUUCACUCCUUCUCGAGAGCAACGCAAACUAUUUCCCCGCCGACUUUUGUCGACAGUACUACCACCACCACCACCGCCAAGCAAUCCACGGACGUGCGCUGCGGGUGCUCUUCAAUCUCGUUUGAUGCAUCCUCCACUCUUCUUGCCACGAGGCUCGACGAUUCUCCCUGCACGUUGUGGAUCUGGGACCUGGCUGCUGCAGAGCUUCGUGCGGCUUUGAUAUUUCAUUCACCAGUCAUUUUUCAUUGGCACCCAUCAGCAAGAGAAACACUGCUGAUUUCCAGCCACGACGAUAAAGAGUCGUGCAUGUCGUAUGUGUGGGAUCCGCUGUCGCAGGGUCCAACACCGCUUCAUGCCGAGCAAUAUCUGCCUGCGUCCAACUCCUCGUCAAAGAUGCAGGUCACGUGGCUGAACUAUGAAACCGAACCGUUGGGACUGUUGUUGUCCAACUCACAGAGUUACGUCUUGCUGUCCCUCGCGGAUGCGGAACACGAACCGAGCCCAUGGGAGGCUGCAGCGGGCGGGGUCGAGUUGGAUGGACCGAGUCUGGCACCAUCGUCGGGACGGGACGAGGCCGAAAGUCUAGGCUCUGCGAGGCCAAUUGUCUUGGCGGAUGAUAUCUCGGAUCUAGACGAUACUUUUUCAUUCAGACACACUUGA